AAUAGUUCUGGGCACACGCCCAGUUUUUUAAUGAAAAAAGGCAACUUGGGAAGAUAGGAAUUCACAGGCGAAUCAUCAUUGUACUGACUUUGAAAAGGCAAGACUCCGCGGAGAAUUUUGGGAUACUAAACUAGUUCUAGAUAUGGAGGGCGCCAUUAAAACAGUGGUCAUGCAGUUCCUGUCAGCCACACGGGGCAAAGAGAAUCUGAGCAGCAAGAGUUUCCAAAAACUAGUCCAGAGCCAGCUGGGCAACAUUAUGAGUGACACAGACAGCUCUUCAGCAGUCAAGGACAUGAUGAAAGGGCUAGAUGACAACCAGGACGGAAAGGUCAGUUUCCAGGAGUACAUGACGCUGAUAGGCUAUGUGGCUAAUUCAGUGUGCGAGCAGAAAGGACAGCCCAAUGCGGCCGGCGGACAAUAGGCUGAACGCAACAACGUCCAGAAGCACAGAUGACAUUUGGGUUAAUGAACCGCUGAUGCUGAUUUGUAAUACUGGAGUCUUGAACAGAUCUUCACGGUAAAUAGGGAAGACUGGGGCCAAGUUGUAUUGAACUAGUUGUUUAAACAUACAAAAUUACUGCUAGAGAAAACAGUUAAAUUGACUUAUUGGCUCAAAAUUAUUCCAUGAUAUAGUCCUUGUGAUGAUUUCCCUGUGACUAGCCAUUAUAGUACAACAAUUACAUUUUAAGUCUCGGUUGGUACAAUAUUUACAUAUAUUCAGAUGUGUGAUUAUACAAUCUCUUACCUGUGGCCAAAGUGCUAAGUCGCCUAUAUUUUUGUUACCGUUUUGCUUUUGUCCAAAUUUAUUGUAACAGAUUUUUUUUAUCAUUUGAUGGCCUUUUUGUAUUCAUAUACAACUUAAUUGUUUGUCUAAAGAUGUUGACUCUAUAAUUUCCAAACCGGAUAGCCAAAAGAAAGACACAAAUGAUAAAUGCAGGAUGUAUGUGCUUAAAAUUUUCAAUGCUCAGUAUUGUACAUCCAACAUUUGUCCAGUUGGAGUAUAUGGUGACAGUGUUUUUGGUAAAAUCUUUCAAUAAAAACAAAGCAAUGAUGAUGAA